UUAAAACGGCAUGGUGAAAGAAGAAUGGCGAAAUAAUAUAUUUUCUCGGUGAAAGUGGAAAGUGGAGGCUUGACGGUUAUGGUGAAGACAGCAGCCUUAACAGCAUCAGUUCCGUUUGUUAAUGAAACUUUGAACAAUAAAGCUUUUUUACUUUGAUGUGACGUCAGGACAGCUGAUGUACGCUCGGUGCUGUCGACUAUAGGCGUUUUUCAUGUUGUCGCCUCUCCAAUUUAAACAGUCUUUGAUUUGAUUAUCAACAAACAACAUGGAGAGAAUAGCGCUUUUGUGGAUUUUCGUGCAGGCAACGUUCGUCGUGGCUUCGUGUUUUACCGAUAUGGAAACAGGGCCUGGCGCAGGUGUAUCGAUACAGACCACAGGAGAUCGGUUUAAAAUUGAAGGAAGGGCGAUCGUACCUGGGAUAAAAACACAAGACUGGGUCUCCACGGCAAGGGUUCUUGUAGACGGUGAAGACUACGUGGGUUUUUUGAGAACUGAUGGAAGUUUUGCUGUAAACGAUGUCCCUUCCGGGUCCUACGUUGUCGAAGUUGUCGCUCCAGCGUACCGAUUUGAGCCAGUCCGAGUUGACAUCACAUCCAAGGGCAAAAUGAGGGCUCGUCUUGUGAACUACAUUAAGACUUCAGAGGUCAUCAGGCAGCCGUAUCCUCUGCAAAUUAGAGCCAGUGGUCUUCACAGCUACUUCAUGAAGAGGGAGACCUGGGGCUGGACUGACUUUCUCAUGAAUCCAAUGGUAAUGAUGAUGGUGCUCCCACUACUGAUCAUCGUUCUGCUGCCCAAAGUGGUCAACACCAAUGACCCAGAAAUGAGAAAGGAAAUGGAACAGUCCAUGAACAUGCUUAACCCUAACCCCGAACUUCCGGAUGUGUCCGAGCUCAUGACCAAGCUCUUCUCCGGCUCCAAGGGCUCCAGCAAGGCAGGCAGCAGCAGCAAAGGAACCAGGCCGGCUGUCAAGCGGAGGUAGUCCCUCUGAAGAAGCACGUCAAAGUCACAGAAGCAGGAUAUUUUUAAGUGGCUCCCCCCACCCCCACCCCCACUCUGGUUCUGUUGUUCAGGUCUCUCUAGGAACUACUACUUCAAACUGUAAAACAACCCCCACUACUAUGAAAAAAACCCCCAUUCAUAAGCAUUUUUUUUUAUUUGUCUUAAUUCAUUAUUCUGUUCUAAUCCUUUUGUGUGCUUUGCUGCUAAUUCCACUGCCUGAAAGACAUCUAUACAUAGUCGAGAUUUUUUUUUUAUUUCAUUAAUAUGACUGUGAAUGAAGAUUCAUUGAGUAAUUUUAAGACUUAAGAUAAGAUCUUAUUUAAAAAGCUUGAAUAAAUAAAUUGUGAUGGUAUAUAACAUG